GGUUCCUGUUCAGUUCGCGUAAUCGUGUCGACCGGAUCAGGUGUCGGUCAUAAAUCUCGAUUCUAUUGACUAAUCUUGCAUCAUUUCUCUUAUUCUCCACGUGUUAUCGGAAGCGUUUCCUUAAACAUCAUGUCCAUCAACGAGAUUCUUGGAAAACGUUACAAGCUCUCUAGUAGCGAAAAUUUCGACGAUUUUAUGAAGGCACUCGGCGUGGGUAUGGUGACGCGGAAAAUGGGUGCUACGGUCAGUCCUGUCGUCGAAUUGACGGAGAAAGACGGAGUGUAUACUCUAAAGACGACUAGUACCUUCAAAAACACGGAAAUAAAAUUCAAACUUGGCGAAGAAUUCGAUGAAGACACCGUGGACGGUAGAAAAGUGAAGAGUGUCUGCACUCUGGAAGGUAAUAAACUCAUACAGGUGCAGAAAGGCGAUAAGAAUACUACGAUUGAAAGAGAAUUCACACCUACAGAGAUGAAAGCGAUCAUGAAAGUUGAUGAUAUUGUUUGCACAAGAGUAUAUAAGAUCCAGGAAUAAAAGUCAGUUGAGAAAACUGAUAAUGAGGCGCGUGCACAACUGUGUAUGUAUGUUUUUAGAAGAGAAAAGGUGUAAAUUACUGUUUAAAAUCUGUCGUUCGAGCACGAAUAAAGUAUUUUUAUGCAUUGGCGUGCAUAUUGAAUCACAUAUGUAAACCAUUUAUAAUUCGUGUCAAAAUGUAAUGAAAAAAAUUACGCACAAUAUAUUGUUUUCCUACAAAGUUAGAAUUUACAUUUAAUUCAUAUUUAAUCUUUAAAUCUGCAUGUGUUUAUAAAAUGAAUAUAGCAAAUAAUAAUUAAAACAAAUAUUAGCUGCUUACAUUAUGCACAUUUCCUGAUAUAUUUACAUAUUAUGUACUACAUAAUGUUCCAUGUACAGCAGUGUAACUGCGUUACCUAUUGUGUAUGUGAAGAUAAAUAAAAAAUGUUUUUUUCUACAAAUAA